GUCAAGUCUCGCUCUCCAUGCGCGGUUGCUAACGCUGGCAGUCAACCAUCACUUCCUUGCGGCCCCGCAACCAACCGGUCACUGCCUUCCGUUCGGAGUGCAUAUGGCGUAAUUUCCGCAUCGUCGCCAGAUGGAGAGUCAGUAAAUACGGACGAUAGACAUGAUACGCUGUCGGCGCAUGGUGACGCACUACGGCCGGUUGUCAUAAAGUCAUGGUGAUGCGAUACGAAUACUAGUGUGCGCGCAGGAGUAUGCGAUGUUAUAUCAGUAAACAGACGUUGGUGACAAUACCUCACGUGCUGGCGCAAGCACCGUUAUGUCUGACUCAGCAGAUGAUUUUCAUGGUGGCUCGGCGACACACAGCGUGGAAGGCACGACUGCGACAUUUAUACUGCAAGAUCCCUUGGCUCGGGAAGUGUCGACAGUUUUACAUGGCGAUCCGUGGCGAACAGCAGCGUUAUCAUCGUCGUCGUCGUCGUCGUCGUUAUUGAACUACUUCGGUGACGCCCUUGCUCAUUUGCUAAACGUUUUGAAGCGGUGGAGAGGCGCGGAAAGAGAAAACGAAUCCACAGAUGAGGAGACAUUUGUCAGAGAGUAUCUAGAGCGCUACGGAUACCUGGGAAACAGCGAGUCCGGGAGCGAUGCAUCAACAAAUGUUGUGUCCGAAGCUAUAAGGAAGUUUCAACUCAUGGUCGGUAUGAACGGAUCGGGUGACAUCACUGACGAGGUUGUCAGGCACAUGAAGACUCCCCGAUGUGGAAUGAAGGAUUUCCUCACCGAGCGCGAGCAGACGAUUAUGCUCAACUACACUAGCGUCCUCGGCGGAGAAAACGGCAAGCCAGUGAGCGCCUUUUUUUAA